AUACACACUGACACACUCACACAGGCACUAACACACAGAGCCUAGGAGCUAAAGCCCAGCUGCCUCCUCCAUUGCACCACCCCCUCCUUACUCUCUUCUUUACCACCCUGAGCAAUUGUGCCUGUGUCCUGUGGGAAGAGUCUGUGAGACAAGGUGCAGGUUCUGAGACAAGAUUCCCAGCUAUUGGCACUGGCAUCACGGGAGAGACAGUGCCAGGAGCCCCACGCAUUCUAGUCUCUGGAUAGUGUGUCACUGCAUCCCCUUCACCAAAUGACAAGAAUAUUAAUAUAUGCUGCAAUCCGGACCCCUUGCUGCCUGGUUUAGUGCUUCAUUUGCAUUCUUCCAGCUGGGAUUGGUCCUCUCUUUCAUUUCUCUUCAUUGGUAUAGUGGUUUCCGCAGGACUCCUGGCCGUGUAUUUGGUUCCAUGGCAUCAGCUUGGCUGAGAUGAGUGGGAGUCAUCCCUCUACACUAGUCUCCAGCACACUCGCACACUGACACCAUUCAAAGGUAUCUCCACUGCUUGACACCUCUUGUCUAUCUGCCGUUGCCAGGCUGGAUUUGGGAUUUUGCAUUGCAAUGGCAACUAAUGGAGAGGGGGAUGGCAAAUCUGAAGGGAUUUCAUUGGACUGUGAUCAGGCAACUCCGUUAACUGCCCUCCAGGGAUGAUCUCUAGUUUCCUUUUAAACCCAAAAACGAGGAAUCUCCUGUAUUUGAUUAAGGGAGACUGAAACAUCGGUUGCAUUUCGCUGGAUUUCCAGGGAUUCUCCCCCAACCUGCAUAAUUCCUAUUUUUUUUGCCGUAAAAAGCAAUACUGUUAUUCUCUAUCUGUUUUUUAUUACUUCUCCUGCCGGUCCUACUGUGUGGAACCAGCAGUGGUCAAGAGUGGAGGAAUCUAAACUGUGACCUGAGGGGUCUUAUGUCCAUCGCUGGCCUCUGUAAGGUCCUGUUGAGUCCCUGGCUGGAUAUGUCCAUUUUAACGUGAAGAUGGAUUUGGGUUACGGUGUCUUGUGGCUACUGACAGUUCUCCUAGAAGGCAUUUCUUGCCAGGGGGUUUAUGCUCCCCCUACUGUUCGGAUUAUUCAUUCUGGCUUGGCCUGUAGUAUUGAGGAAGAACGGUAUUCAGAAAGAGUUUACACAAUACGGGAAGGGGAGACACUAGAAUUAACAUGCCUGGUUACAGGACAUCCCAGACCACAGAUCAGGUGGACCAAAACUGCAGGAAGUGCAUCUGAUAGAUUUCAAGACUCCAGUGUUUUCAAUGAAACUUUAAGGAUUGAAAAUAUUCAGAGACAUCAAGGAGGCCGUUACUACUGUAAAGCAGAGAAUGGAUUAGGUUCUCCUGCAAUAAAGUCAAUACGAGUUGAUGUGUACUAUCUAGAUGAUCCCAUUGUGACUGUGCAUCAAAGUAUUGGGGAAGCAAAAGAACAAUUUUAUUAUGAAAGAACUGUUUUCUUACGAUGUAUUGCUAACUCCAACCCACCAGUUCGAUACAGCUGGAAACGUGGUGAAGAGGUACUGCUUCAGGGAUCUGAUAAAGGAGUAGAAAUUUAUGAGCCAUUCUUCACCCAGGUAGGAAUUAAGGGUGAAACAAAGAUUUUGAAGCUCAAAAAUCUUCGACCUCAGGAUUAUGCCAAUUACAGCUGCAUUGCUUCAGUGAGAAAUGUUUGCAAUAUUCCUGACAAAAUGGUGUCGUUUAAGCUUUCCAACAGAACAGCUUCCCCGUCAAUCAAACUCUUGGUGGAUGAUCCUAUAGUUGUGAAUCCUGGUGAAGCAAUCACAUUAGUAUGUGUUACAACUGGUGGAGAACCAACUCCAACACUCUUGUGGGCUAGAUCGACUGGUACACUUCCUGAAAAGACUGUUCUUAAAGGUGGAACUCUAACCAUACCAGCCAUUACUUCAGAGGAUGCAGGCACAUACAGUUGCAUUGCUAAUAACAAUGUUGGAAACCCAGCAAAGAAGUCUACCAGUAUUAUUGUUAGAGCUUUAAAAAAAGGUCGUUUCUGGAUUACACCUGAUCCCUAUCACAAAGAUGAUAAUAUUCAGAUUGGCCGUGAGGUGAAGAUUUCCUGCCAAGUGGAAGCUGUUCCAUCCGAAGAACUGACAUUUAGCUGGUUUAAAAAUGGCAGACCGUUGCGCAGUUCUGAAAGAAUGGUGAUUACACAAACUGACCCCGAUGUCUCACCUGGUACCACUAAUCUUGAUAUUAUUGACUUAAAAUUCACAGACUUUGGCACAUACACAUGUGUUGCAUCUCUGAAGGGAGGAGGAAUUUCUGACAUCAGUAUUGAUGUUAAUAUAUCCAGCAGCACAGUUCCUCCAAAUCUUACUGUUCCCAAGGGAAAAUCUCCAAUGGUUGCCCGGGAAGGAGACACAAUUGAACUACAAUGCCAGAUUUCGGGCAAGCCCAAGCCAAUUAUUAUGUGGUCCAGAGCAGACAAAGAUUUUCCAAUGCCAGAUGGAUCCAUGCAGAUGGAGAGUUAUGAUGGCAUACUAAGGAUUGUAAAUGUUUCUAGAGAAAUGACAGGAACAUACAGGUGUCAGACAAGUCAAUACAAUGGAUUUAAUGUCAAACCAAGAGAUGCUUUGGUUCAGUUGAUUGUACAAUAUCCGCCAGCAGUUGAACCAUUAUUCCAGGAAAUACGACAAGGAUUGGGCCAUAGCGUGACAAUGAACUGCAGAGUACUGCGAGCAUAUCCCACACGGGUCUUGAUGUAUGAAUGGCGGCUGGGGAACAAGUUGCUAGACAAAGGACAAUUUGACUCUCAAGAUUAUACAGAGUUAACUGUAAAUAUUCUUGCCAAGGAGCAUUAUGGGAUUUACAACUGCAGCAUUAUUAAUGAAGCUGGAUCUGGUCGGUGCAGUUUUCUUGUAACAGGGAAGGCUUAUCCCCCAGAGUUCUACUAUGACACUUAUAAUCCUCUUUGGCAGAACAAAGCUCAAAUUUAUUCUUACAAAUUACAGUGGACGCAGAUGAAUCCAGAUGCAGUUGAUCGUAUACUUGCAUAUCGUCUGGGGAUUAGACAGGCAGGUCUACAACGCUGGUGGGAACGGGAAAUUUCUGUCAAUGGAAUCUUUAAAAAAGGCGAGUUAAUGACAAAUAAUCUUACUGAGCUGGUGAGACCAGAACCCUAUGAAGUUCGUCUUACACCUAUAAAUAGAUUUGGAGAAGGGGACUCAGCUAUACGGAUAAUUAAAUAUAGUGCUCCAAUGAAUCCACAUUUACGAGAGUUUCACUGCGGCUUUGAAGAAAGUAACAUCUGCUUGUUUACACAAGAUGACACAGAUAUCUUUGACUGGACAAAACAAAGUGCUAGCACGAGAGACACUAGAUAUACUCCAAAUACAGGGCCAACAACAGAUGCUGGAGGCUCAAAACAUGGUUUCUACAUGUACAUAGAGACAUCUAGACCCCGGAUGGAUGGAGAAAAAGCCAGGCUUCUUAGCCCAGUUUUUAAUAUAGCUCAAAAGAAUCCAUAUGGAUCCAGCAACACAGUAUAUUGUUUUAGUUUUUUCUACCAUAUGUAUGGCAAACAUAUAGGAACUUUGAAUAUAUUCCUGCACUUGAAAGGACAAACUAGCACAGAUAUUCCAUUAUGGUCAGAAAGAGGAAAUAAAGGUGAGCAGUGGAAGCAGGCACAUCUAAAUAUACACCCAACGUCUUCAUUUCAGCUAAUAUUUGAAGGGGUUCGAGGUGAUGGAAUUGAAGGAGACAUAGCUAUAGAUGAUAUAUCUAUCAUGGAGGGGGAAUGUUCAAUAAUAGAUCAGCCUGAUACCACUCCAUCAUCUGGUGGUAAUGGGACAUUCAUACAUAUAUGGCUGUAUCCAGUUUUCAUUUUCCUCUCUGUUUUAAGUCAUCAAAGGUGACCAUAUCCUGGCAGAGGCUAUAAAAGAUUCUGUAGGCACCAGUAGGAAGAAGAGUCUUUGUAAAUGGACAUCUGAGAAACAAACUACCAAAGAGUCCUUCACUAAAGCACUGGGAAUUUACUGAACAUGGAAUAUAAAUUAUUACAAACUUCACAGGACCUGCAAAUAGAGGAGAUCUUGAAUUGAAGUGCUUCUGUGGCUAUUGUGAAUUCAGUAUUAUCUGAUUAUUCUCUUUAAAAGGGGAAUAAUGAAAUUUCUUGUCAAAGCACAAAGUCAUGGCUGGUUUUGUUUCAAAUUAAUAGUUUGCUAGUUACCAUGGACACCUAAUGGCCUGCCAACUAAACCUCACA